AUAUUUCGCCCCCCUCUUUCCCGGUUGCCCCUGCAUCUUCGCCUGUCCCAGGGACCGUCCUGCUUGCUGAGCCUCCUCAUGUUACGAGGUCGCCUAUUGGCCCGUCUAAGGACAAGGAGGCGAAUUCUCUGAGUGGGUCCCUUGGGGUGGUCAGUUACUCCCAGUCGUCGGGGUCCCCACCUUCACUAGCCUUGGGGUCUCCAGCCAUGUUGACUGCCACUUCGACGCCUCCUGAGCUGGGGCUGACCAUGGCCUGCGCUAGCACUCAUGUGGUUCGCCCGAAGGGCGACACUCGGCGCCACCCCAAGCCUUCUCCGACUCCUGCUUCCCGCCGGAGUGAGCGCCUUAGUCGUUCUAGGUCUAGCGUAGAAGCGCGGGUGCCAUCGAUCCUCGAGAAAGCGGCCAUGCGAGCCGCUGCCCGCAACCUCGAUCCGGAUACAUCUCCGUCCCUCAAUCAAGUGCCCCAGGAUGAUGUUGCAAUAGCACCUGAUUUAGCUUAUGUGGACUUGUCAGCUGGUGGUCUCCCAAGGCCCUCUAAUGAGCUGUUGUUUCCAGCCCAGCCUAGCUAUAAGUUAAAGAAUGCGGUGCGAGCUGACUCCAAGGUUUCUACUUCGACAAGUCAUAACAGCCAAGCUACCGAGCAGACCGUGAGCAAAGGCAAAGGACAACCUGACACCGAUGUUGUCACUUUGAAAGCCACUGAAGAAGUGAUUACUGUGGAGGAUGUUGAAGAGCGUGUUCAAAUGGAUGUUGACCCUGCCAGUCCAAGGCGAAGUCCAGUGGCGAUGGACACCGAUCAUGGCAUGGUACCUAAACUUCCAGAAAUUCUGUCGGAUGCAAGUGUCGUAGCGUCGACCGAUAUUGUACAAGACAGUCUGAGUGCAUUGGUUGUUUCGGCGCCCCGACCUGCAACGCCUCCCACUAUUUCCUAUGUACAGUAUCCAUUGGCCAGGACUCUAGAGGAUGAGGUUAGCGCUAGCAAAGAGGCUGUGAUUCAAGCCGAGCUCGUGAACUCCACGAUGAGGGAUGCAUUCAAUUCAAGUGAGGUUUUGAAAGCUCAAAUGCGAAAAUACUAUGAACUGGCAUCCAAGCAUCUAGCAAUGCAAGAAGAAGUAGAAAGUCUCCGUGCAGAACUGGAGAAAGAGAAAAAGAAGAACGAGAAGCUGGAGAAGGAGAAAGCUAUCAUGGGAGGUACACUUUUCAUCCCAGACACCACCACGGCACGCCACAACAACCAAGAGUGCCAAAACAAGUACUUCCAGGAGAGCAAAGGCGGGGAAGCAAAUACCUCAUUUCAAGAUCACCUCCCUCCCCCAAACAUUUCAAAUCAUAGUACAUAUAACGUGAAGGACAAAACAAAUAAAGGAAUGCUUGAUGAUGAAAUUUUCGAAUUGUACAUGGAGGAUCUUUGGACAGGCAUAGAUCCGGAAAAGAAGAGUAAUUAUGUGUACCUUGAUUCACUAUGGUUUGAUAUGUACAUCAAUGGGAAACAUAAAUCAAAAGUCCUUAAAUGGGUAAAAGCUAAGAAAAUAUUCACAAGACGAUAUGUAUUUGUCCCUAUUGUUUACUGGGGACAUUGGAGCCUCCUUGUGUUGUAUAAUUUUGGCGAGACAAACUACUUGGGCACUCCAAAGGGGCCACGCAUGCUACUGUUGGAUUCACUUAGAACAACACAACCAAAGAGCUUGCUGUCGGCCAUCAACAGCUUCAUGAUUGACAUUUUAAAAACAGAAGACCGGGAGGAAGAGACAGGGCAGUUCAUAAAUGAUGUCGAGCUUGAGUUUCCUGAGGUUCCACAGCAAAGUGCAAAUGAUUGUGGUAUAUAUGUUCUUUACUUUAUAUACUGUUUUCUCAAAAUCGAAAAACUGGGAGAAGAUUUGAGCCAGCUGGGUGCCUUUUUCGACCCAGAGGUACUACAGAACCUGGAGCACAUCCGCAAGGCUAUUCUUUCAUACCAAGAGAAACAGAAUGCUACAAUUACAGAGUAGGUCAUAUGGCAAGCUUGCAUCUAGUAAACUGUACACCUACUUGUUAUUGGGUAACAACAUACCUUAUCUACCGAAAAUCCCAUGGUUUCAUCUUCAACGGUGGCAAGUUUGGAUGAAGUUCAAAGAUUGUCGAUAAUAUGUUGUCAAUACAGUUUAUACAGAAAGUUAAGAAUAAGCUUCAGUGGAAGUCAGCUCAUAGUUCUUCAUACCGAAUCUACAAACGUUUCCAUUAGUUCAAUAAAAUCUAAACCAUUUUAUUCAGUGCAUUUAAUAGUUGUUGAUACAUGUAUUUUGCAGUUCAACAUUACCAACUUAUAUUAUGUGGAUCGCAUGAUUGAGUAUAACUGUCCUUCUG